UUCUGAAUUACAUGGGAAUAAGAAAUUACAUAAAACACGUUUGAAAUACAAAAGCCUUCCAAAGACAUACUUUAAUAAUAUAUGUUUAAAUAACCCUCUGACAGUUAAAAUAAUAAAAAUAUAUGUUUUCUUCAGAUUUUUUUUUUAAUGAAUGCAUAUUUAAUAUAAAGAAAUGCAUGUAUAAAAGUAAUAUUUAGAGUAAAAUGUUGACGCUAUUGUUCACUUACUCUGUCAUUGCUUUAACUGGGGGAGGGGCUUCGAUUGAUCGUCAUCUGAUUGGACGAGACAGACGUUCCAGAUUCAGUGGGCGGGGCUUGCGGUCAUUGUGGCCGAGGCGCAUCUGUAUGGCGUCUUCUGUUGAGCGUUUCAUCGCGAGAGUUUUCACUUUUCACCGCUCUUCUUUCAUGUAUUUGCAUCUGGCAGGCUUAUCAUGUUUGGAUGGAGUAAAUAGCCUUCUCUAGUCUCUCUGAAGUUGUAGCUCCUCCCAAAUCUCGUGAGACAUUAACAUGGAGCAGGUGGAGCAGCUCAGGUCUGCCAGCCCUCAGCUGGAGUCUGUAAGGUCAGAGGUCUCCGAGGGACAGAUGGAUGAAGGAAGCAGCGGCACUAGCACUCGAAAGAAGAGGAGAAAGCGAGAACAGCAGCCAGAGUCCAUCAUCGUCUACCGCUCGGAUCCAGAGAGAGCCGCUGGUGACGAAGACCAUGGAGGAGAUAGCGAGGGUGGAGAGAGGAACUCUGAAGAGGGAGCUACGUUUCUGAACAACCCCAGCAGUGAAGGUCGGGUCGUGCCUCCAGACAGCCGCUACGUGACGCUCACGGGGACCAUCACGCGCGGAAAGAAGAAAGGUCAGAUGGUGGACAUCCACGUCACGCUCAGCGAGAGAGAGCUGCAGGAGAUGGCCAGGUCAAAGGAGCGUCUGGAUGCCGAAUGCGACGCUCGCGAGGGAUCGAGACGCUCGUGUGGUUUCGGUCUUUCUCAGGGUCCCCACGUCGUCCUGUGGAGCCUCUCCUGUGCUCCCUUCGUCUUCGUCCUGUCCUUCAUCACCUCGUUUUACUACGGUACUCUCACCUGGUACAAUAUAUUCCUGGUGUACAACGAGGAUCGGACGUUCUGCCAUAAGAUCACGGUGUGCCCGUUCCUCAUCGUCUUCUACCCCGGGCUCAUCGUGGCUCUGGCGCUGUCUCUGGGCUUGUACUCGGCCGUGGUGCAGGUGUCCUGGGUCUUCAGCGAGUGGUGGCUGUCGGUCAGGGAUCUGGAGAAGGGUUUCUGCGGAUGGGCUUGUGGGAAGCUGGGACUGGAGGACUGUUCUCCGUACAGCGUAGUCGAGCUGCUGGACUCGGACACCCUUUCUGGGAGUCUGUGGGGAAAGUCACUGGAGACGUCCUCGGUGUGAAUAUAGAAAUCAUCUGAGACUUCCUCCACUGGUUACACAGCCCUGCAUCUUCUGCCAAAUCACCAAAAAUGCCUGGUAUUAGCUGAUUUGAUGGUGCUG